AGGGCGCGCUCGGGAGGCAAAUGAGCGGGUUCGCGCAGCCUGGCUCCUCCCUUGUGCGGAAGCGCCGGCCUCCGUUUACUUUGGGCUACGGCGGGCGGCUUCCGAGUGAGUGAGAGGGUUUGAAGCUGCUGCCUGUCCCCGACAUGUCUAAGAACACCAGCGUCGACAAGUUCCGUCGGGUUAAUGUCGAUGACUACGACGAGAACAACUACGUGGACGAGGAGGAUGGAGGCGAGAACCAGCUGGGACCUGACGAAGCCGAGGUGGACGCUUCCAUUAGACAAGGAAACCUGAAUGCAGCUCUCCAAGCAGCACUGAAAAAUCCCCCAAUUAAUACAAAGAAUCAGGCUGUUAAGGACCGAGCAGAAAAUACUGUUGUUAAAGUUUUGACUUCAUUUAAAAGUAAUGAUAUUGAAAAGGCUGUUCAAUCCCUUGACAAGAAUAGCAUUGACCUCCUGAUGAAGUACAUCUACAAAGGUUUUGAAAAACCAUCAGAAAAUAGCAGUGCAAUUUUACUACAGUGGCAUGAAAAGGUGUUAGCAGCUGGAGGAGUGGGAUCCGUAGUACGAGUCCUAACAGCGAGGAAAACUGUUUGAGCAAUGGAACCAAGAGCAGCUAUCUGGUACAGAGAGGCUGGUGCCGAGACCAAAAGAACCAGUUUGUGCAACACUGGAGUCAUAUAAUCUCCUUGCAUUUUUUUUAAAAAUUUGGCUUGCUUUUUAUGACCAGUUUGUAUAUGUAAUUAGCUCUGUUCAUUUGUCUGUUAACCAGAAUCAAAGAUGCAAUUUAAUCUGGUUUUAUUAACCCAGUACUUAGUACAAUUUUUGUAUUCAAACAAGAACAUUUCUGAAGCACGGUUUUAUUUUUAAAAAAAGACUUGCCAGAAAAUUGGAGAUUUUUCUUUGCAGAAAACUGUAUCCUUUUUUACUUCAAAUGUUUUAUUGAAUAAAGGUACAGUAUAUGAAUGUUUGAUGCAGACAUGAACAUGACUAAAAUUUGAUGCAUUCAGAUGCAGUUGGCCACACAUACAGCUGUUCAUGAGCAUUUUAAAUUUGAAGCUCGGAUGUGUAGCUGAGUGUUAAAAGUUGAACCACAUAAAAUAUUUCUGUUUGAAA